GGGCGUGUCCUGCUUGCCGGCGCGAGGUAAACAAUUUUGGAACGGAAGUGGACGAGGUAGAUGUCUAUUUCUGUUUGGCGUUUUGCGUCGUCUCGCUUCCCGGUUCUUCCCCUCCCCACCCUGCUUUGCACCUCACAGUUCCUUUCUGGAAAACAGAAGAGGUAAGAAGAGCACCUGGUCAACGAGCCGAGAGGCGUCUGUAGGCGGUUCAAGACGGUCCAACUGCCACCUGGAUGGAAAUGCAGCUACAGACAAUGGAGAGAAAUGGAGGACAGUCUUUUGAAGUGAUUGCACCGCUCAAUCCAGGUCCUCACCAGGUGGAUAAGCCCAAGAGAAAGUUAAAGAAGCAACAGCUGCUGAGAAUUGCUUUGGUGGUGCUAGUUGUGCUGACCAUCAUCAUAGUUGCCGCCUUUCUGAUUAAGAUAUGGCUGAACUCGGUCUACUUCUUCUGCACUAAAUCCUUCAAGUUUAUCCCACUGACGUCCGUCUGCAAUGGGAAGGUAGACUGCCAGGGCGGAGAGGACGAAAUGAACUGCGUUUCACCCUUUAUUGCUAAUACCACCUUUCCAGUUAAACUGAUGACGGAGAAUUCCCUGCUGCAGGUCUACAGUAACACCAGUCUGACGUGGCUGUUUGUGUGUGCCGAUGGCUGGCAGGUCCAGCAUACUAAUUUAGUGUGUCAGCAACUCGGCUAUGCCAGUCAGUCCACCAGCACAUCCAUUCCAGUGUCCAGCGUGCCUUAUAAUAUGCAAGGACGAUACAGCGUGGUCAACGCUUCUUCUGUGACGCAGGCUUCUGGCAUCCAGGCACUUCUGAGAGAUAGCAAAACCUGUGCCUCUGGAUCAGUGAUUGCUCUUACCUGUGCAGCCUGUGGUUUUAGACAAGAUGAUCGCAUAGUGGGUGGAACGGAUGCUAAAAUUGAACAGUGGCCCUGGCAGGUCAGCCUCCAGUUCAGUGGUGACCAUACAUGUGGUGGGAGCAUCAUCAACCCACGUUGGAUCAUGGCAGCGGCUCACUGUUUUCCAAAGGAAUAUCAUAUGGUAAGCCGCUGGGCAGUAGUGCCAGGGAUAACCAAACAGUCUUCGAGUGGCGCAGUCAGUGUUGACAAGAUCUUUACCAAUGGACAAUAUAGUACGUUAACAAGUGACUUCGACCUGGCCUUGCUGAGGCUACAGAAUCCCUUGACCCUCACAGAAGCCAUUCGUCCGGUGUGCCUUCCGUAUUCUGACCUUGCCUUAAAGCCUAAUGACAGUCUGUGGGUGACAGGAUGGGGCUACAUGAAGGAAAAUGCGGGCGUUCUGGCCACGGUCCUGCAGCAAGCCAGGAUUCAGUACGUGGACCGCAGUGUAUGCAACCUUCCUGAUAUUUAUGACGGCUACAUUACCCCUCGAAUGAUCUGCGCUGGGUCCCUGCAAGGCAAGGUGGACUCCUGUCAGGGAGACAGUGGGGGUCCUCUAGUCUACCUGGCUGAACAAUGGACGCAAGUGGGAGUGGUGAGCUGGGGCAGCGGCUGUGCAGAAAAGCUUCAUCCGGGUGUCUACUCCAAUGUUCCUGCCUUCCUGGACUGGAUUUACAAUGUCAUGCAGGCGAACCCUUAAGGAGCACUGAUGCUGCAAGAGGCCGGUGACCCCUGCCAGCACUGCCAAGGUCUUCAGAUGAGCUGGCUUUGUAUUUGAUUUUUCUCAUGAAGUGUAUGGGGGACUCGCCCUUAAAGGAUUGGAGACCUCGAUCUUCCCACACUGCUUUGGAGAUUCCAGGAAUGGCCUCAACCUGACUGGACAGCACCUCUCCUUGACUCAGGAAACCAGACAUGCCUGCUGAGUGCUGGACACCAUCCAGCUCUUUAUGUGGGGGGGAAGACAAAAGGAAAAAAAAAAAAACAAUUUUUAUUGUUCUUCUCAUAUGUACAGUAAAGAAAAACAUUUCAAAUGUC